AUGGCAUCGACUGAGGGCAACUCUCAGACCUUCAAGAUGAUGUCUUUGGACAACGACAUCAACCAAAACUUCCAGGAUGCAAUCGAUGUGAUUCAACAGCAUUCAAGUUCAUACUACGAUUCAGAGUACACCUAUUACGAGACUCUGUGUACCCAGCAGCCGUCGUCGUUGCAUUGUCAGAUCUCCUGCUGCCUCGUCACGCACCCGUCUGACCUCCCGGCUCCGGCUUGCGACUGGAACGACCAGUCCUGGCCUCACGUCAUCCCCGAUGUCUCGUCGGGUCACUCUCUGCUCAACGAAUCGCCUCAUUUCUACUCCGUCUUGCCGCCACCGAGGAACAGCAAAGGUCGCAAGAAGCUGAGACUUUACGAGUACCUCCACGAGGCCCUGAGCGACCCCAACAUGGGCGACUCCAUCCAGUGGACGGACAACGACAGCGGCACCUUCCACUUCAUCUCCAAGAACAAGGAGAAGCUGGCCGAGUGCUGGGGCCAACGCAAGGGCAACCGCAAGACCAUGACCUAUCAGAAGAUGGCGAGGGCUCUGAGGAACUACAGCCGCACGGGCGAGAUCAUCAAGGUGCGCCGCAAACUCACGUACCAGUUCAACCCGGACAUCCUGCACAGGCUGGGCUCGGCGCAGGUGUGCGGGCCGCCGCCGCCGCACUGCCGGGGCCCCGAGCAUGAGGAGGAGGGCCCCGCCCGGCAGCAGGGCCCGGCCGAGCUGAGCUACUGCGGCUCGGCGGACUGGCACAGCUGGUACGGACACUACCAGCUGCAGGAAGACUACGACCUGGCCUCCAACUUCACGCAGCACGGCGCGGCCAAGCUCUGAGCCGGAGGACAGGGUGAAAACUACAAGAUAAACCUUUAAAAGUCUGAAAAGGUUUACAGAGACUUCACUUGUUUGACUCUCUUCUGGGGGCCACUUUCAGUCCCUGGGAUUGUGUUUAGUAUCACGCUUUUUAGCUAAAGGUGGUUAGAAUACCCUUUUAUUUAGAAUGUUCUUUUGUAAAUACUCUUUUAUUACUAUUUUUUUAUCCCAAGAUUUAAAUAAAUGCCACACAAUU